CCGGUUUUGCUGUGCAGCCAGUCCACCCCGAUUCGGCAGCCGACUGCUGAGGAUAUCCACCCAGGCGGACUCCGCCUGCUCCUAGCGGCAUUUUGUAAAGACCUAAACACUGGACUCUAUUAUUUUUUAAAAUGGCGAAAACGUACGACUACCUCUUCAAACUGUUGCUUAUCGGAGACAGCGGCGUCGGUAAGACAUGUCUGCUGUUCAGAUUCAGCGAGGACUCCUUCAACACCACCUUCAUAUCCACAAUAGGGAUUGACUUCAAGAUCAGAACCAUAGAAUUGGAUGGGAAACGAGUUAAACUCCAGAUUUGGGACACUGCGGGACAGGAGAGGUUUCGCACCAUCACCACAGCUUACUACAGAGGAGCAAUGGGUAUUAUGUUAGUCUAUGACAUCAGCAACGAGAAGUCCUUUGACAACAUAAAAAACUGGAUUAGAAACAUUGAAGAGCAUGCCUCCUCUGAUGUGGAGAAAAUGAUCUUGGGUAACAAAUGUGACAUGACUGACAGGAGACAAGUGUCGAAAGACCGGGGUGAAAAACUGGCUAUUGAUUAUGGAGUGAAGUUCUUAGAAACUAGCGCAAAGUCUGGCUUAAAUGUAGAAGAGGCCUUUUAUACUAUUGCAAGAGACAUAUUGAACAAUCUGUGCUCAAAGACGACUGACAGUAGUGGUGGAGGAACUGGAAAACCGGUGAAGAUUACCGAUAAGAAGUCAAAGAGAAUUAAAUUCUUCAAGUGUUCACUUCUCUAAGCAACAGGCGGACAGUUGUCACAUUUCUAUCGUGACCUUGCUUAUUUUAGAGGACUCCUUCCUGUCGGACUUCCUCGCUGCAGCAGCACUGCUCUUGCACACGCGGUCUUACUGCCACCUGAGGUCUUGGGCAGUCGAGAUGCUGCCCUGAUUUGCUGAUCAGAAGAGUAUCGAUGGAGACUGAAGGCCUAAUACUUUGUGUCUGUUCAUACAAAAGACUUGUGCAGGGGUUUGUAGCUUUUCCUGCAGUGUCUGCUUGCAGUGGGCAAUUUUUCUGCUCCCAUUUAUAAUAUAAAAAUACAUAGGUUGCACAUUGUUGUCUUAUUAUUUUACAUACUGUAGCACCAUUUUUAUAAGAUAUAUACUACCUAUUACAAGAAUUCCUAUGAAGAUGCUUUGAGAUAUCAGGUUUAAGCAUUGAUUGUAUGUGUCUGUGAAGUUUAUGUAUGUUACCAAGCUUUUGGCCUUAUGUUGCACUGACAUUAGUUUUGCUGCUAAGGAGAAUUGUGAUAGAAAUUAGAAUAGAAAAAAAUAAGCAUAGAAAAGCAACUUGUAUUAGAAUAUUUAUUUAUUUUUUUUCAUGGAACCUA